CGUCUUCCGUUCAAACAUCCGGAACUUUUGAGCUCUCGACUGUUGUUCCAGUGCGGGAGUAUUUUGACGCGGCACAGGUAUGGGUACACAUGUAUGCAGAAAACAGAUGUUGCGAUGGAUGUGGAGAUGGAGUGUUUGUCCUGUGGCGGUGAGAAGAGGUCAUAUGGCGUUCUCCUCCACACAAGAGCCCCAUCAAGUAAAUCCACCUCACAGUGGUCAGGUCACCCACAGACCUGGGAAUCAGCUCACCCUGUGCUCUUUGCUCCAGAUGGGCUUCUCAGAAACUCAAGCCAAGGAGAUGCAUGAAGGUGCUACAAAGAGCCAUGGGAAACAUGUUCCAUCUGUUCUGACAGCACUGUUGCUCCUGGGCUUAAAUCCCUCCAGUAUCCUGAAAAUAAUGCAGAAGUGUCCAGAAGUAUAUUCACUUAAAGGUGCAGACUUACAGCAGCGCAUUGAUCAUCUGAGGAAGAUGGGACUGGUAGAAGGUAGUCUGCAGAGGAUGAUCAGUCACUACCCCAAGGUCAUGCUCCUGCCAGUCAAGAGGGUAAACAUGGUUUCCCGACUGCUCAGAGAGAAAUGCCUCUUCACCAUCCAUCAGGUCACAGACAUCCUCAGAGACUCGCCUGAGGUUCUGGAGGAGGAUUUGGCUCAGCUGGAGUACAAAUUUCAGUAUGCGUAUUUCCGUAUGGGCGUGCGGCAGCCAGAGAUGGUAAAGGCUAAGCUGUUCAGGUUGCCUCUGUCCGAGCUGCGCUGUCGGCACUGUUUUCUGGAGCGGAGGGGACGCUACCAGACGCCAGACAAGAAGGGCCAAACUCUCAUCCUCAACCCAACGCUCAAAGACGUCCUCUGCGUCUCUGAGGAAACCUACCUGACGCAGGUCGCCAUGGCAACUGCAGAGGAGUUUCAUGUUUUUCGCAAGCUGAUGGCAAGAGAGCAGGAGGAAGAAGAGAGGGAGAACGAAUACAGCAGUGAUGAGGAGGAUAAAGAUGAUGAUGAUGAUGACGGAUUGCACAGGAGUAAGCGGAACACUGGUUACAAGAAGGACAGGAAAUGAAGCAUUUUGUAUUAUAAAUUCAAAACAAAUAAAAAAAAAUUUA